AUGCCUGCCAUUUGCAUGCAGCUUAUUUGGCUCGCCCUGCAAACUGCCACGAGAAAUGCCCUCUGGAGCUUCCCUAUGUCGGCCUGGACUGUGGUAACGGUGCCAUCACAGUGCCGUGUGAGUGCCAUCACAGUGCCGUGUGUGUGUGUCAUCACAGUGCCAUGUGUGUGUCAUCACAGUGCCGUGUGUGUGUCAUCACAGUGCCGUGUGUGUGUCAUCACAGUGCCGUGUGUGCCAUCACAGUGCCGUGUGAGUGCCAUCACAGUGCCGUGUGUGUGCCAUCACAGUGCCGUGUGUGUGUCAUCACAGUGCCGUGUGUGCCAUCACAGUGCCAUGUGUGUGAGCCGUGUGUGUGUCAUCACAGUGCCGUGUGUGCCAUCACAGUGCCGUGUGUGUGUCAUCACAGUGCCGUGUGUGUGUCAUCACAGUGCCGUGUGUGUGUCAUCACAGUGCCGUGUGUAUGUCACCACAGUGCUGUGUGUGUCAUUUAUAUGA